UUUUCAUUCACAUUUCUUUCUUGAUUGUGUUUGUUUUUUUUUUUUUGAUCAUCAUGAUUGCAAUGAAUUCUAUCGUAACCAAAGAAUUCGAAUUGUCGAAUUCUGUCAUGUAUUCUGGUGUUAGCUCAAAAUAUUUUCCACUGCAGUGCGGAUCAAUUUUUUUGCUAGUUUUCAUAUAUAGAAAUUGUUCGAAAUGAUAAGCCACAUUUUUGUUUGACCAAUCAUAAUCUAACGGCUACAAUUUGUUCCAUGAUUGCUAUAUUUUUUUAUGGAUAACAUUUGUUUACACAGAUGAUGAACAACAUCCGAAUAUAUAUAGUUUGAUGUAUAACAUCUUUUCAUUUCUUUUCUGUUUUGUUUUGCUUGGAACAACUACUACUGCUCAUGAUUUUUGACACACUGUGUUUCUUGGCUUUUGUUUAUUCCAUUGUUGAUGCUACAUCUGGAUUUUAUUGUUGUUUUCACUCAAUUGAAGCUAUCCUCUCUCAUCAUCAUCAUCAUCAUCAUGGAUCGUUAUGAUAAGUGAUCGUUUAGUUAAAGCUAUCCAUUUGAAUCAUCAUCUUUUAAACAUCUUCAUACAACAAUCUCAAAUUCAAAUUUGAACCAUUUGUGGUUUUUUUGUUUAUUGUUGUGAUUCGAAAACAAAUGCCAUAACCACCGCCACCACCACCAGCGACCAACAACUUAUUAUUCGAAUUUUAUUUUUUUGUUUGGGUGUUUUUUUCUGUGUAUGAAAUCUAUUAUAUUGUUUGUUUUCAAAUCAAUCACCACCACUACAAACACUUCAGGGUGAAUCUCAAUCAUCAAUCAAACAACAAGCCAGUCAAGUCUAUCGACAACAACAAAAAAAGAAAAUUAUUUCUUUGUUGUAAAAUAAUCAUCUUAAUCAUUUUUAAAGCUGGCAAUGAAUUUUCUAUAACUAAUUGAUAAAGACAACCACCAGAUGUAUAAAUCUGACAAUUGUACAUUUAAAAAAAAAAUUAUUUGGUCCAUUUUUCUUCUUUGGCCUUAAAAAACAACAACAAGCCACGUUUAUAAUCGAAUUAUUGUCGAAAGCUUUUUUUCUACGAACGAACUGUGAAAAAAACCUAUCUAAUUAAACCUUUAAAAUUGAUAAUAAUCAAAUUUCAUCAAGCAAAAUUUAUAAAAAUCAUUAAUCAAUAAAAAAAAGGAAUUAUAAAAAGAAAAAUGUCAGGUUGUUGUGCUUGUUGUUGUUCACCAUUUAAGCCAAGAUAUAAAAGACUUGUCGAUACCAUCUUUCCAUCGAAUGCAGAGGAUGGCUUGGUCAAAUCAAAUAUGGAAAAAUUGAUUUUUUAUGCAAUGUCAUCACCGGAUAAAUUGGAUAAAAUUGGCGCCUAUCUAGCUGAACGAAUUGGUCGUGAUCUAUAUAGACAUCGAUUUGGUUUUGUUUUAAUAGCCGUUGAAGCUAUGGAUCAAUUGCUGAAAACAUGUCACAAUUCUCUCCAUUUAUUUAUGGAAAGUUUUCUCAAAGUCGUUCAGUUAGUUCUGGAAAGUCAGGAUCCAGAAUUACAAAUUUUGGCUACACAAUCGUUUGUUAAAUUUGCAAAAAUUGAAGAAGAUACACCGGCCUAUCAUCGUAGCUAUGAUUUUUUCGUCAGUAAAUUUGCCUCACUUUGUCACGAUAAUCAUCCAAAUCUAGUCACUCGUAGACGUUUGCGUAUGGCCGGAUUGAUUGGCAUUAAAGGAUUAAUAUUAAAAGCAGUUAGUGAUGAUAUGCAAGUGAAUAUCUGGGCUGAUAAUAAUAUGGGCAAGAUAAUUCCAUCACUAUUGUUCAAUAUGAAAAGCAAAGAUUUCGAAGAUGAUUCAAAAUUAAAAGAUAGUCAGACACGUCUGCUGCUACCGGGUGCUGUAAGAUUUACCGAAAAUGAUUUGGAAUCAUCUAUGCCCAAUGACGUGGCUACUGAAUGCUUACGUGAACUAAUCAAUCGUGCUAGUUUUGGUCAUUUACACAAUAUUCUUAAACCUAUCAUUACUCAUUUCGAUCUUCAUCGUUUCUGGGAAAUGGCAGCCGAUCAAACGGGCGAUAAUUUUGCUAUUGAAACAUUCAAAAUUAUAAUGUAUUCAAUACAAUCAAAACCAGCUGUCAUACAGAUUCUCAUGAAUCAUUUGGAUUGUGUGGCCAAAGGUCGACGUGAAUUGGAAAAUUGUGCUUCAGAAAAUAAAAUAAAAGUACAGACUGGUAUUGUCAAUGUUUUGAAUGAAAUCAUUGCUAUACCUGCCGAUACAAUUGGUCCAUUCGUUCUUGGAAUGAUUAAUUCACUUCUUCAACAUCUGCAUGAUUCGAUCAAUAAUAUUCAAACACAAUUUGUUGAAGAGGAGAAACAAUUUCAGGAAGCGGUAAUCAAUACUUUAGGUGAAUUUACAACCAAUUUACCGGAUUAUCAGAAAAUUGAAACAAUGAUAUUCAUCAUUGAUAAAGCACCACCAGCUUUAUGUACAUCAGCAACUGAACAACAAUUGCAGAAUAUCAUAUUGAAAAGUUUGCUUAAAGUAACGACCAAAUAUAAACCAGUGAGCAUGAUACAAACAUUUCCAUCCACCUUGUUGAAUCAAUUAUUGACACGUGCCCUAUCACCGGAUCCAAAAACUCGAUUAACAGUACAGAAAAUUUUCCAUCAAUUACUUGAUCGUCAUAAAAAUUUACCUCGUCUCAUUAAACCGGUGACUGUUGUUCCACCGGAAACAUUGACCAUUGAAAAGGCCGACCGUUAUGAUAUAAACUUUAUGCGUAAACAUGGCCAUGACAUUCUUGUCCAUAUCUAUAGGAAUAUACAGAUAGAAUCCAAUACAAAAGAAAAUUUCGAUAGUAUUUUCACUACCAUGUCCUUGAUUUGUGUAGAAAUGAAUUCGGAUGAAGUGCUCAUCGAUUUACUUCGGUUAACAUUUGCUCUGCAAGAUAUGGCCAUCUCGAGAAAUUUCAAUCUAUCCGAUUCGCAUCGAUGUUAUAUCCAUAGUAUUGUUGCUGGGUUUCUUCAUCUUUUUAGUCAUCUGAAAGCGAUUCCAGCAAUCUGUACACAUGUUGAACAAGUGAUUAAAACUCGUGUUGAUCAAGCAAAAUAUCUGUUGCCUGAAUAUUGUCAUUUAGCUAAUAAUUAUACUUGUGGUGAAUUGUUUAUCUCCGAGAAUGGCCAUAAUCAACGAGAAAAUAACAACAAAUCGAAAGAGAAUAGUCCUAGCCGACAGAAUAGUGCAGAUAAUCUAGUUGCUGAUGAACUUUUAUUCAAUAAACAAGUCAUAUCUGAAGCCCUUCAGACAACCGGUCAUGAUACGCUUGCAUUGAAUACACCCUUCCAAUCGAAUUGUGAUGUUGAUUCAUCGAUUACACGCAGUACUAGCGAUUUGAAUGCUAUAACGGUCGAAAUUGAUAGUGUAAAUUCAUCACCUGGAACCGUACGUAAAGUACCUGAACAAGAGAUUAAUUUCAAUACUUUCAAAGAGGUGUUGAUAAAUCCAAAUCGUGAUCACAAACAAGAUUUACGUCGCCGUAUGAAUCUGUUGAACAAUUUUAAAAAUAGUAAAUUUGAAGAUUUAGUCGAAAAUUAUCCAAAAUCGAAAAAAAGCUUGCAAGAAAUUCUCUUGGACACUAUCGAUAAAUCUUUUCAAGCACAAGAAACAAAAGUACAUCAAAAUCAAAUGAUCCAAAAUCCCAGCAAACAUAGUUUGGAUACAUUAGACCAUCAUGAUCAAGACAUUAUUUCGAUUGUCAAUCAUCGAUCAAUCGAAGGAAAUUGUCAUGUUUACGAUAAUCCUCUUUUGUCAUUAUGUGACAUUAGUCAGAUAAAUUCACGAGCACCUCCAUUGUUUGCUCUUAGAUUUCCGAAUCUUUUUGUUUAUUGAUAAAAUUAUUAAUAAAUCAUUUAUAUGUUAUAAUAAUUGCUAAUUACAUUACAAUAAAUCUUAAUCAUUCGAAUUUUU